UACUAUUCAUCCUGCAAGUGAAAUGACCAACGUUGCUAAAGGUGUCGUUUUGGUGAUUGGACUUUUCCAAUUAGUCUCUUCAGGUUCUUGGCAUACGGCAAACGAUGGACGGGACUACUUUGUAGAGACUGGAAGAGGUUACAAUUGGUUCCAGGCAAUGGAUGAAUGUAGCCGUCGAGGUUUACAUUUGGCGGUUAUUGAUAGUGAAGAAAAAAAUUUUGGUUUGGUUAGACUUUUGGGUAAAGUGUUUGACCCUGUGGUUAAUUUAUGGAUAGGCCAUCACGAUGAACUCAACAAAAAGAAAGACAAAAAUCGCAAUUGGUACUCUGUGUCGACCGGCAAAAUAAUUAAUUUCAAGUUUUGGGCUUCUGGUGAACCCAACAACUUGUUCGGAAAAGAACACUGUGUACAUAUAUACAAAAGUAAAGAUUUCAAGUGGAAUGAUAGGUCAUGUGAUUACUCGUAUGGUUAUAUUUGUGAAAGGAGUACAAACCGUACCGAAAUACCUGACGAGGUGACAACUGUACCUUGCCCUGGCUAUCCGCCUUGUACUAGCUCACCGCCUUGUCCUGGCUAUACCCCUUCCCCAACCGGGGUAGUGGGUAACUUAAGUCCACGCCCUUCUCAAAGCCAUUACGCUUCUGGAAAUACUCCUACUUACAACCACUAACCGUACUCCUGGUCUUAAAAUAUUAUAAAUAAUUAAUUAAUAAACAAAGUGACGAUUUAGAUAAUCGUUAU